GGUUAGUUAGUCGCGCCAGCAAGCAUCCCUGUAAUCCUCGUCGGUCCUGUUUUUGCACACAGCUCUAUAGAUAGCUACUGACCAUAGUAUCGCUGCAAUAAUACAAGGCUUUCCUAGCAAGACCACGAUGCAGAUGCAGCAGCAGCGCAUGCGGUUCUCCCGCGAUGCCCGUCGGAUCGGCGCCUCGCGCGUGCCUCUGGCCAAGGCUGCGCCUGGCCGCAAGGUUGUGGCCCAGGUUGCCACUGCUACUGCUGAGAAGGUCGACGUGAAGCAGGCUGGAUCCUUCGACUUCAACACCUAUAUGGUGGACCGUGCCAAGCUGGUGAACAAGGCCAUGGACGAGGCCGUGCCGCUGAAGUACCCGGAGACUCUGAACGAGAGCAUGCGCUACUCACUGCUGGCUGGCGGCAAGCGCGUGCGCCCAGCUCUCUGCCUGGCGGCCUGCGAGCUGGUUGGCGGCGACAUCCACGCCGCGCUGCCUGCUGCGUGCGCCAUGGAGAUGGUGCACACCAUGUCGCUCAUCCAUGACGACCUGCCCUCCAUGGACAACGACGACUUCCGCCGCGGCCGCCCCACCAACCACAAGGUGUACGGCGAGGACAUUGCCAUCCUGGCGGGCGACGCGCUGCUGUCGUUCUCGUUUGAGCACAUUGCGCGGGCCACGAAGGGCGUCCCCGCGGAGCGCGUGCUGCGGGUAAUCAUGGAGCUGGGCAAGGCUGUGGGCCAGGACGGCCUGGUGGCAGGCCAGGUGGUGGACAUCCAGAGCGAGGACAAGGAGGUGGGUCUGGACGUGCUCAAGUACAUCCACGAACACAAGACCGCGGCGCUGCUGGAGGCGUCGGUGGUGUGCGGUGCCAUCCUGGGCGGUGCCGACGAGUCCACGAUUGAGAAGCUGCGGAAGUACUCGCUCAACAUCGGACUUGCGUUCCAGGUGAUUGAUGACAUCCUAGACGUGACCGCCACAACGGAGCAGCUGGGAAAGACCGCCGCUAAGGACCUAGCGGUGAACAAGACCACCUACCCUAAGCUGCUGGGCCUGGAGAAGUCGAAGCAGGUGGCAGAUGACCUGAUCAAGGAGGCUAUCCAGCAGCUAGACGGCUUCGACGCCGCCAAGGCCGCGCCUCUGGUGGCCCUGGCCAAGUUCAUCGGCUACCGGCAAAACUAAUUGGGCUGCAGCUUGAGACCAGAUGCAGUCAGUUUAUCCCGACUUACUUACCCCGCUAAAGCUUUGACCGGCGUCAGCGUCGUCAGACAAACAGAUUUAGGCUCCCGAUGUGGAUGUGACGAUGCGUAGACUUGGGUAGUGACAUGGGGGCGCCACCGGAUGUGGGUUUGCGUGAUUUCCAGGGGCGCAGCUCGAGAAGAAUUGAUCCGCGAGCCCAUGUGCCGCGCGUUUGGAUUGGGGAGUUGUUUGUUGCCAUGCUCCGGGCCAGCCGGGCAGGCGCUGUACGGGGACCACGCAGGCGGGUGUCGCCGCUUGGCGCCUAAUACCUGGCCGCGGGCCGACACUUUCCGUUGCAGAUUACAAGUUAGGAUACGCGCGGUGGCAAGGGCGCGCACAGUAGGGUAAUAUGAGCAUGCGGGGCGAAGGUAACGAGUGGAGCUGCGAAGAGCUGCCCGGAGCAUGUUAGAAGAGAAGAAAGUUCACGUGAUGAGUGGAGUGUGUUGCUGGAUGAGUGUGCAUUAACAAUAUUGACCAUAUGGGGGUCUGACUCGAUCGCGCCAAGCCCUCACUCACCCACUGCUCGGAGGACGAGAUUGUAAUGGAUAACAGGC